AUGGCUAAUCGUAGGAAUGGCACCCCUACGCUUCUCCGGGAACUCUAUAACCCCCCGGGUACAGAACCUACGGUCGAUAUCGUUUUUGUCCAUGGCCUUAAUCCUCUUAACACCCAAGAUUUUGCCGAGAAAACAUGGACGCAUGCAAAUGGAGCCCUAUGGCCCAGAGAUAUAUUGCCUUCAAACGUCCCAGAAUGUCGUAUUCUACUCUUCGGUUAUAACUCGAACGUCGCAUUUGAUGUCUCUAACCAAGGAAUCAAAGAUCAUGCCAACACCCUCUUGGAUAGGCUCGGCAGGAAUCGAAAGGUGACAGAGAAUUCGAAGACUCGACCUAUUAUCUUUGUUGGGCACAGCCUCGGCGGUUUAGUAAUAAAGCAGGCACUGAUUAACGCAACAAACAACUAUGAGGAGUAUGGGGUUAUCAAAGAAGCUACUCGAGGCCUGGUUUUCUUUGGUACGCCUCAUCGAGGCGGAAACGGGGCUUCACUAGGCCAGGUCGCUGCCAAUAUCAUCACAGCCGUUUCUGGAGCAGAUCGAAAUGACAUACUCAGAUCUUUGAGCAGUGACUCUAUUCUUACGAAAAACUCUAAUGACGAUUUUAGACACCAAUCUGAAAGAUAUCGUGUUUUAACUUUUUACGAAACGAGGAAGACAAAGGUCGAUAGAUGGCUUAGCGGAAUUUUUGGUUGUGUUUUCAAUGCGAUAGUAGUAGACGCAGAUUCUGCAAAACUCGGGUUAGCGGGCGCUCGCGAGAACCAACUACCGAUAGAUGCGGACCACUCAGGGAUAUGUAAAUUUGAGUCUGCAGAUGAUAGAUACGAACCUGUUGGCGGCUUAAUUGAGCAGCUGGUAGAGCGUAUACUUGAAGACAAGACAGAGCCGGAAGAGUCUGUACUACCUAGGGAUAGCGGAGUUUCUGCCUUUAAAACGCUGCUCCCAAGCAGUCGAUUGAAUGUGGAAAGGUCUCCGAAUUUUUCUGGAAGGGAGUACGAAAUAAACCGCAUAUACGAACAUCUCACAACUUUGUCGUCGUCAACUCGGCUGUCCCGGAGAGUGGUCGUACUCCACGGCCUUGGAGGAAUUGGAAAAACCGAGAUUGCUCUUGCUUAUGCUUUCAAGUACCGCCAUGAGUACACUGCGGUCUUCUGGAUUGAUGCUACCAAUAGCCAAACUGCAACGCUUGGGCUUUUACAGAUAGUCCAAGGUCUCAUCGAUGCCAAUAUUACUGAUGAGUAUCUCGCGAUUGAUUGUGCAACGAUUGCACGACGUCUAGGCAUACCGGGUCUCGUACAGGAGGAUGGGCUUUUGAAUAGCAAUUUGGGUGAAGUCGAUAAAGAACGCGUUAUCAAAGCAGCAAAGAGAUUGGUCGAGACUGAGGAAAACAAAAAUGUUCUUAUUAUUUAUGAUAACUACGAUGAUAUCGAAUCCUAUGAUCUUUCCCAGAAUUUUCCCCUAAUACAGGGAGCAUUCUAA